AUGUCCGAAUUCUCUUCCGACCCGACGGCGAUAGUGGAGCAGCUGCAGACUCUUACAGAUAUCGAAGGUGAUCUGGCAGAUACAGCUUUGGCAGUAGUUGAACAGAAGCAGGAGCACGAGCAGGAGCACGAGCAAUCCGCAGAAACACCAUCACAACCUCAAGAAGAAUCCGCUGGUCCAGGGGCAGAUACCAACUCAUCUUCUGCUGAGGCUGAGAAAGCUCUAUUGGAGAAUGCAGAUGCCAUCGAAGAUGUUUUAGAAGCAUCGAUACCGCCUGCACCCAUCCAUGAAGAAACCAUUUCCGACUCUACCACACAACCUAUCGAUAACACACCAGCAGUUUCAGAUAUACCUCAAGUCGCAACUCAAUCUCAGGGAGCAGCAUCAGAAGCAGUACAAUUACUCAAUGCAGUAGAAGCAGAUUUGAACAACCCAGUCUUACCUGAAACGAUCAUUCCUCCAGCACAUGAUACGAUAAUCGAAACCGCCAAUGAGGAAGAUACUGGUAAAAUCAUCAUUGAUGUGGAACAACCUACUAUGGAGAACGUGGUAGAAGCAGCCACAAAUCCGGAAAAUGAUUCAUCGACACCUGGCAAGGAAGAAACUCCAGGUGCUGAAGGGAAUAUAGCACCUCAGCCUACUCCUGCAGUUGCAGAUCCAAGAAUUAAGCAAGAACCUAUCAGUACUAUCCCUUCUGCACUUCCCGCCUUGCCUCAAAUACAGUCAAAUGUAGUCAAACCUGCAUCACCGGAAGUACCCCUACCUGAAGGUCUCACAGAGACUUCAUCGAGUGUGGUGAAUAACAGAGAUUUGAUAUAUUCAUGGCGUCAAGAUCCCAAGAAUUCCCUGCUACUCUUAGCCUUAUUCAACUGGGCUAUCCAAAGAACCGAGAUAUCAGAUGCAAGAGCGUGGUAUAACGCUUUAGCAGUUGAUAAUCCAACAGCAGUUGAGCCUCUCCUUGCCUUGAUCAACCUUGAAUUGGCAUUAUCAAACUUCGCUCAAGUAGAACCUUUGUUCGCAAAAGCUUUGAAAGGUCCUUCGGGAGGUAUCACCGCUGCGGCUGAUGUCAGCAUUUGGAAGGCAUAUCUUCAUUACAUCCGACGACAGAACCCAAUUGUCGAUAGUGCACCCAAUGCCGAGGCUGUUAGGGAAACAAUCACCAAGGCGUACGAGUUUGCCUUGAAGGAGUGCGGAUACGAUAGGGAGAGUGGUGAGAUCUGGGAAGAGUAUAUUAAAUUCGUAUCUGAGGGUCCCGCCAAGAAUCAAUGGGAAAUUCAAGCUCAGCAAGAUAGUCUCCGAAAAUUAUACCAACGAGCCGUCUGUAUCCCCUUGAACAAUUUAGAGACACUAUGGAAAUCAUACGACACAUUCGAAUCAUCCGUCAACAAAGCUACAUCUAAGAAAUUCUUAGCUGAACGAUCACCUGCGUACAUGACUGCUCGAACUGCUUUGAGAGAAUUGAAAACUUUGACUGAACAUUUGCCUAAACCCAUCUUACCCCCUCAACCCACUUUCAACGAAUCUGAUCGAGCGACUGUGUUAGGAUGGAAGAAUUAUCUGAAAUGGGAAGAAGGCAAUCCUCUGGUGAUUGACGAUGAGAAUGUACUAAAUGCCAGAAUAGGAUAUGCCUUGAGAAAAUGUUUGAGUGAGAUGAGACAUUUCCCAGAACUAUGGCACUACGCUGCUACUUACUAUCUGAAGCAAGGUCAGAAGGAAGAGGCUACAGAAAUCCUCAGAGCAGGUGUGCAAGCAUGUCCGAAGAGCUUCUUGCUCACAUUCGCUCUGACCGAGCUCCUUGAAGAUCUAUCUCAAUUCACUGCCGUGCAUGAGCUAUAUCAAAACUUCUUAUCUUCACUCUCACCCGAAAUUAACGAUCUGAAGAAAGUGAUCGAAAGGGAAGUGGAGAUGGCCAAAGGACCUGAGAUACCGCCUGUAGCUGGAGGAGAUGUCACGAUGGAUGGUGAUGGUCUAUCAGAGUAUCAGAGGAUGGUGGAAGAACGUGAAAAUAGAGGUAAAUUGGUUGAGGAGAGACGUGGAAAACAGUUACAAGAGUUAUCAAGGGGAAUCAACGUUGGUUGGAUUAUGUAUAUGAGAUUCGCCAGACGUGCUGAAGGUAUCAAAGCUGCUAGAGCAGUAUUUGGUAGAGCUAGAAAAUCACCUUAUUUGACAUGGCACAUAUUCGAAGCAUCAGCAAUGAUGGAGUACCACUCGAACAAGGAUUCAGCGGUUGCUAUCAGGAUAUUCGAGCUUGGUCUAAAACUCUUCAGUGAUGAGGUCGAUUAUGUCAUCAAGUACCUUCAGUUCUUGUUGAGUAUCAAUGACGACACCAAUGCUCGAGCCUUAUUCGAACGAUCUGCCAUCAAGAUCCCCUCCAGCUCCUCAAGAUCGCUAUGGGACGUAUGGGCGCGAUACGAAUAUCUCUACGGCGACUUAUCGGCCGUCCACAAGCUCGAGACGCGUUUCGCCGAGGUCUUCCCCAACGAUUCGCCUUUGAAGAGAUUCGCUCAGAGAUAUACAUACAACGGUAUCGACCAAAUCGCAUUAAGGGAUUUAGGAUUUUCUGCGUCGGCUAGACCACCGGUUCUGGCGCAAGCUAAUGUACCGUUACCAACUGCCUCUUUGACACCUGUCUUACCACCACCACCAAUCGCUGCAGCGGUCGUACCACCCAUUGGCGGACCGAGUCAUUCACCCUCAGGGGUUUAUAAACGACCAUUACCCGAUGGUGGAUCACCCAGACGGGGAUCUAUUGAUAGAUCGCCAAAGAGGUACAAAGCCCAUUCACCACCUCCUCCACCACGGAGAUAUCCCGAUCGAGAAAGAGAACGAGAGAGGGAUUUCCCUCCUAGGGAUAACAGAGACAGGGAUAGGAAUGUUAGUGGGGGAAGAUACAAUGCACCACCCCUAACUAAUGGUAGAGACAGAUCACCAUUUACUUCUACCGCACCCCCACCCCCACCUCCUGGUCAAAUGGGUUCAAGAGGUCCCCCGCCUCCCGCUGGAUAUGCAUUGGAUAAAGAUAGGAGUGGGAUGGGUAAACCUCUGGUAUGGUUCAUUGGGAAUCUACCUUCUGCAAGGGCUUUUGAUGGACCGAUAUUUAGACCUGAUGAUAUAAUUGGUUUGUUCAAUAACAUCGCUCCUUCAGGUCUUGGUAUUCCAGGAGGUGCUGGAAUAGGAGCAGGCCCUGGGCCAGCGCCUGGUCCAGGUGGUCCACCACCCCUUCCACCACAAGGUGGUAGAGGAGGAUAUGCGGAUCCUGAUAGGAGGUAUGGUGGUUUACCUCCCAUGAGAGGUGGGAGAUACUAA